UAAAGAUUGUACCCGGCAUACUUUGCUGUGAACCCUAUCUUGUUUAUUUGGAUAGUUUUAACCUAUAGCUUGAAAAAAUUAUAUUUUAUAUUUAUUUAUUUUUUUGGUUGAGUGUGUGUUUGAGAAUGAAUGUGUCCCUGCUGCUCCUGUGUGUGGCUGUUCUGCUGCAGGAGGGGAGAGCGAAGCCCGACCCACAGCAGGGCUGUGUGGACCCUGAAGUAGUGAGGGUGGCUGAAGAAGCCCUGGAUCUGAUCAACCGGGACAGGACCGGCGGAUACAUCCUGAGCCUGAACAGGCUGUACGACGUCUCCCACACAGCACAGCAGGAAAAUGGCGGGUCAGUCUAUAAACUGAUUAUUGAUGUCUUGGAGACCAAAUGUCACGUCAUCAGCAGGAAACCAUGGAAACAAUGUGACAUCAGAGGAAUCUCAGCUGUUCCUGUGUAUGGAGAGUGUGAAGUCACUGUUCUUGUUCAAACUCAAACUGAAGUGAAAAGUUACUCGUGUUCAAUGAGGGAAGUUCCAGCGACAUCGAUUGUGGACAUUUGCCCAGACUGUCCAACAGCUGAAAACCUGAACGAACCCGUCAUCAAAGAGACGGCCAGUCUGUCCCUGAAGAGGUUUAAUGAAGAGAGUYGCCUGGAGAACUACUUCAUUCUGGACAAUAUUACAAAAGCCAGCUCACAGUGGGUGUUUGGUCCAUCCUACUUUGUGGGUUUCACCAUUGUGGAGACGGUUUGUUCAAAGAAAACAGAAAUCAGUGAAGUCAGCCACUGUCCACCCAUGGACUGUCAGUUCGCUCACAGAGGAUUCUGUUUGGGCUCCCAUGUGACGAUCGAGGAGCCGUUUGAAGUCAGGAACCCUGUUGGUAAAAAGGCCGGCUCUUUUMAGAAUCACAACCCUGUAGAGGUGAAGUGUGAGAUCUAUGAACCUCAGRCUGCAGCUGAGGAGGAGCGGGCCCACCAGACAGCAGACAGAGGUCACGCAGAGCACCAGCACUCCAACCACACACACCUGCACGCACACGAACAUGUGCACACGGUCGCACCAACCUCAGGCUCCUCCCCCUCUCAACCACGAGGCCUUCUGGGUASAGUUGUGUUCCAGCAUUCCUCCCCCAGAUCGGCCCCAUCAGCCGCCUCCUGCCCCGGUCCUCGAACGCACCGUCUAGGUUUAGAACCACUCAAGCUCUGAUCGGUUUAUUCUUUGAAAUUGUUUUCAUGCAUGUUGCUGAACAAAAUGGAAGAGAUAAAACUAUGUCCUUGUUAAUCACAGGACAUCAUUGGUUUUAUUAAAGCAUUUAUCUCAUCUGGAAAUUACAAAAAUUCUUCUAAAAAGAUGUUUUAUUUAUCWAAAUGUUUUAUUGUUGGUGUAAACCCAAAUUUAAUCUCUAACUCAAUUAUUUAAGCAAUAACUAAACAAUUCACAUUUAUUUUAACAAAACACAAAAUAUUCACCAACUUCUCUGAGCUAAUAAAAUAAUUCCUGUGUAAAAUAAAAGGUGAAUAUAUAUAGAUCUUAAAA